UCUGGCUACAGUCAGGUGCUCUGAGAGGCAAGACAAAAUCUCCAACGAAUAAUGUUUGCAACAUAAGGAACCUGAUCAACAAUUAGUUCAAAUAUAAUAUUAUUCCUGCGCUAGUUUAUGACAGUACAGUUCUAUCGUGAAUUAUUUAUCAACCAAAUACGAACAUGACAAAACAAGCAAGAUUUCCAACAGUACUUGAACGCAAUGGAGAAAGUGUGUUUCCCUGAAUCUCCCGUCUGUCUUUGUGUUUCUGCUGUGACCGAACAGGCCACUGUCUCCUGCACUGUGUUGUACAUGUUUUACGGGUCAUCGUCCCAAUUUUCUCAGCUCUUCUCAUGGUUCGCGCUUCACCUCAGAUAGCUGCCCUAGCCAGCAGACGGCAGCCUGGGAGCUAACACCCACCGCUCAGAGGAAGUACACAAGUCCAUGUUCCCUUCUGCACCUCCGCGAAUAGAGCCAGCUCAACAUGGUGAGAGUUAUGGAGUACCUUCGCUACCUCCAAGACCCUCACCUUGUCGCCCGCUUUCAGCUUGUUUGCGGGAUACGGGGCACUCUUUCAGAACCUGUUCCUGCCGAUAGUUCGACCUCUGAUGGCUGCAGGUCAGUAAAUAAGGCUCGUUCUCGCAACAACGGGGCUCUCCAUCAUCACACAGCCGGGGAAACAGGAGAUGAACAGUUGACCAGUAUGGGAGUUCCGAGGAGGAUCGCAGAUGUGACUGAGCCUAGAAAACGCAAGCAUGACAUGGAAGACGCUCCCCCGAACGGGGCUGCUCUGUCCCCAGGCGGAGAAAGUGUCGCUGUGCGGGGCAGCACUCUUAAACCCCUCCGCAGAAACUCUCUGACGGGCGAAGCGGGGCAGGAGUUUGUCAUCGAGAACCGCUUCUUGUUUUACUUGUUCACCUUCGGUACAGAGUUGGGAAACGAAUUGUUUUACAUCACCUUCUUUCCCUUCAUCAUGUGGAAUGUGGACGCUUUCGUGAGCAGACGGUUGAUCAUGGUGUGGGUCUGGGUCAUGUACGUGGGACAGUGCACGAAGGAUGUGAUCGGCUGGCCCCGACCCGCUUCCCCACCUGUGGUGAAAGUGGAAAUGUUUUACAACUCUGAGUACAGCAUGCCGUCCACCCACGCCAUGUCAGGGACAGCCAUCCCCUUCUCCCUGUUCUUCAUGACCCAUGGCCGCUGGGAGUACCCUUACACCCUGGGCUUCAGCUUGGCUCUCUGUUGGUGUCUGUUGGUCUGUUCCAGCCGGAUCUACAUGGGGAUGCACUCAGUCCUGGACGUCAUCGCUGGCAUCUUGUACAGCAUCCUCAUCCUCUUCUUCUUUCUCCCUGCGUUGGACAUGAUUGACAGCUUCAACCUGAGCUGCCGCUACGCUCCGCUGGUCAUCGUUUUCAUCCCCUUGGCCCUGGCCCUCUUCUCAUUCACCCUGGACACCUGGAGCACUUCUAGAGGUGACACGGCUCAGAUCCUGGGUGUGGGUGCUGGCGUGGCCCUGGCGUCUCAUGUAAACCAGCUCCUAGGUUUGAUGCCAGACCUGACGGCUGAUCAGCUACCUCUCAUGAUGCCUACCGUAAGUGGCGGCCUGGUGUGUGGCGCUAUGCUGCGGUUGGUUCUGGGAGUGAUAGUCCUCGUGGCGAUACGGGCCAUGAUGAAGGCUGUCACCAUCCCACUGGUGUGCUGGCUGUUCAAGGUGCCCAGCUCAGACGUGAGGAAGGCCCGUCAGCAUGUGGAGGUAGAACUCCCAUAUCGCUACAUUGUUUAUGGGACCAUGGGCUUUAGUGUGCUCUUCCUGGUUCCACUGCUCUUCACCUACGUGGAGAACUCUUAAAAGGAUGUAACUUCAGUGCACUGUCAGUCUCCAGCCACGAAUUGGAGAACCAGCAUUUCAAUACUGUUUUUGCAUCUCCAUGUAAACCAGACUUUUCCUCUUCAACAGGAAGUUAGGGCCAGAACUGACUGAGAUGCAUUAAAGCCUGAACACUGAACUCCUUCCUCACUUUCUUAACUUUUCUGCUCUUUUUUCCAACAGACUCAGGUUAGCUCUGGAGCAGGAUGAGGGUGAGGGAGUAUUUCCUUUAAGUGGCACAGUCUUUUAUAAGAUUAACCUGUGGAAAGACAAACCUAUCUAUGUUGGUGUUUUUUACACUGAAUAUCCACACUGUUGCCUUUUUAAAGACAUAUUUCAAGAAUUUUAAUGAGAGGUUUUGCUAAAAGGUUAUAAGCAGGUAAUAUGUAACCUGCAGUAGAUUGCCUCUGAUUAUGCCUGUACCUAGUGCUUUCAUAGUCAUAUUGACCAUUCAAAGUGCUUCAACAUUACAGUCACAGUCUCCUUGCAGCACUCCCACAUUAACACACCCAACUCUGGAUCAGUAGGUAACUUGGGUUGAAGUACUUCCUCCUACAGUCCAGGUGGGGGAACUGUCCUCAAGUACAAGCAUACAGUCCUAACCUUAGCCACUAUCAUUAGAUCAAAGGCAGACCAUGCAGCUUAGCCACAUUUAUUUUAACACCUUGUAUAAUCAAGUAAGAGUGCUUUCGGCAUUCUCACUUCUUAAGAUUGUGUUUCUCUUUAUUAUUAUUUUUCAAUGUUCCAUACAUUUUUCUGCACUCAACUAAUUCUGCAAUUAACUAUUUUUGCUAUUGGGUAUAUAUAAUUUCAACAAUUCCUAUAUCAAAACGUUCUGCUUCUUCUGGAGCAUUUCACUUUUGGUAAUUUCAACUAUUAACUUUUGGAAAUACAAUUAAAAUUUUUUUUGCAGAUUUCAACACCAUUGAAAUGCAUUGGAAUUCUUCAGAAUUCCACAAAAUUCAGCAAAAACCUUUGCUCUUUUAUGAGUCAUAACUUCUGCCUACUUCAACUUAAAAGCUCCAUUCAACUUUUAAGCAAGACACAAUAUGUUAACAUAUCUUCAGAUGAUACAGCUUUCUGAUACCGGUUAUGCUUUUUCUAAAAUUCCAAUUUAAGUUUUAUACAGAUUUAUACAGAACUUGGCCAAAUGGGGGAAUUUUUCUGCCAUAAUCCAAGAGCACACAUUUUUAUUCUGAAAGCAAGAUUUCAUGUCUUUUGUUCUCAAAACUUGUAACACUUUUGGUUACAUUUUCAUUUUGAAAGCAGGACUUCAUGUCUUUCAUAAAACUUGUAAUGACUGUACUCAAAACAUCUCCACGCUCUCACACUUAGUCUCUGCUCAGAGCAAAUCUUUGCUUGCAAAACUCUCUGCUCGCUUGGUGGAAUUUUCCUGCCAUAAUUUAAGAGCAUACAUAUUCAGUCUGAAAACAGGAUUUUAUGUCUUUUGUUCUCAAAACUUUUAAUACUUUUGCUUACAUUCUGCUACUGAUCGCUAACAGUUACUGAUCUUAGGCAGGAUUUUGUUCACCCAACCAAAGACAACAUAGUCAUGACAUGAUAUCUAUCAUGUGUAUCUGGCUUUACACCACUGCAUUCGACGCUUUGCAUUGCACUUGGUGAUGUUUGGCUUGGAUGCAGCUGGUUACCAUGGAAGCCCAUUCCAUGCCCACCUUUCUUGAGCUAAUCUGAAGGCCACAUGUAGUUUGAAGGUCAGUAGUGACUGACUCUGCAGAAAGUUGGUGACCUCUUCACACUAUGUGCUUCAGCAUCUACUGACCCCGCUCUGUCGGCUUAGAUGGCCUACCACUUGGUGGCUGAGUUGCUGUCGUUCCCGAAUACUUCCAUUUUCUUAUAAUUCAGCUGACAGUCGACUGUGGAAUAUUUAUGAGCGAGGAAAUUUCAUCACUGGAUUUGUUGCACAGGUGGCAUCCUAUCACAGUUCCACACUGGAAUUCACUGAGCUCCAGAGAGCGAACCAUUCUGUUUGUAAAAACAGUCCGCAUGCCUAGGUGCUUCAUUUAUCCACCUGUGGCCAUAGAAAUGAUUGGAACACCUGACUCCCAUAAUUUGGAUGGUUGAGCAAAUACUUUUGGCAAUAUUGUGUAUGUACUGCAGGGAUUGUGAGUUUGAUCUCAGACCAUGUUGGUUUUUGUUUGGUUUGUUUAGAUUGUGCUUCACAAUAGUCUAAACAAACCAAACAAAAGCCAAUAUGCUCUGUUUUUUUUUUAACCAGAGCACGUGAAGCACAAUCUAAACAGAUUUUCACUAUAUUUAGACUUUUGAUAAUGCUGUAAAAAUAGUGAAAGUUUGUUUGUUCUUUAGAACAACUUUAUGAAAAUAUAACCCUAGUUUUACCUAACAUAUCUUGUGAAAAUGUCAAAUGUUUUACCAUAUCUUCAACCAUAAAAUGUUAAGUUUAUAACUUUCUUGUCACAAUCAUUUUUGAAAGCCCAGAUUAGUUUUGCUGGAGGCUGAGGCUAAUGAACAGUCUGAAGGGUACAUACUGUAAGUUUAAUCAGUCUCUGUUUAAAUAACCAUUCAAUGUCCUUAUAAUUAUAAAUUUUCAUUAACAUAAAUUGCUUUGUUAGUUUUUAGAUGGUAGAAUUCUGCUUGACUAGAAUUUAGCUUCAUCCUCUGGGUCCAGCUACUGUAGAUUUACACUAAAUUAAACCCAAAAAAAUCAUCUACCACAGGUAAGAUACAGACUGCUAACAGAACCUCACAUUAAAAAUACUGAACUGUCCCUUUAAUACCUCCCGACUCUCUAAAGCUAAAUUAUCCCUGAUGGUUAUUUUAUAAAGAUGUUAAAAUUUCAGUUUUAGUAUUUCAUUAAAUGAAACAAAGGCACUUUUAGAAAACUUCCUCAUGAAUUUCACAUGCAAUAAAAUCCAAUAGAAAGGUAAAAAAUAACAGAUUAAAAACAAACGAGGAAAUUACCUUCUCAGACAGGAGAAGCUAAAACUAUUUUGUUAAUCCACUGAAUGUUCAGAUGUGGUUCUUUGUUCCAAAGAGUUUCCUUUAACUCCUUCUACUCCUUUGACUGAAAACGUUCAUGAUUGUUUAAGCCCCAACACUGUUUAUGUAGUGUGUAUUGGUGUGUUUAAAGACGGUGGUCUUGUAUGUCUUACAGAACCUCACAUUAAAAAUACUGAACUGUCCCUGAUAUAUAUGAAACUGAUAUAUUUAAGGUUCCCUUUAACUGCACAUGUGCAGUGGAAUCCACCAUACAAACUACUGAAGGGCUUUUUCUAUUGUUUUGGCUUUUAUAGACAACAACCUUCCAGUUUAUCACUCUGAGGUAAACUAUAACUUCUCCUCCGACACAGUGAAAUGUUUCUCCUUAGCAGUUCACUCUUUUGCCAAGUUUUCCCUCACUUCAUUCUUGUGCAUAACCACUUUGUCCCUUCCUUUUUCUACUACGUCUCCUUAAACUAAUUAUUUUCUAACUCAGUUAGAAAAUAACUUAGUUAAAAUGUUAGUUUAGAAAAUAAACUGACAUUUUCAUAUCAGUUUAUUUAGCUUAGACACUUCUCCUGAAUUUAAAUUCAGUUAUGUGUGUAAUUCAACUGAACACACUCAUGAGCUGCCGGGUUUUUUGAAGAGAUGUAGGAGGCUCUGAAAAUAAAUGUUAGAUUUCAUAUUUUAGGGAUAUACAGAAUACAGGGAUUUUACCAAUAUGUAAAAAAGAUUUAGUUGUUGAAAGUUUGACUAAAACCAAAAUGAAUACAGCAAACUAAAUUCUGCCUAAAAAAAAAAUAAAAAUAAUUACAUCUUGCUGAUAGAUCACCUGUAUUUGAAUGAUCCAGUAGGUUAGUCAAAGUGACCAAUUUAGCAGAUAGGGUGCGUUCUUUGACACAUUGCUCUUUUUGUACCUCAAAAAGCAGGUAUGAAUGGCACAGAAGUGCAAUAGUAUGAAAUGGAGAAGGGGUGAGCUGAGCAGCUCUUCUGGAAAAGGUUUGGAACCUCUCCAUUUUCAUAUUUGGCAGUUUGAUGAUUGCUUUUUGCUUUUUCCUGUUAGUGUGAACCCUCAUGUCCUGUUUAGAUCAUUUGUGAUGAAAUACAUAUCCUGCUUGUAUUGAAGAUUGGUUCUGCCAUAGCUUGAAUAUAACCUUAUAUUUCAAAUAUGAAGAGGGACAUUUAUAUGAAAAUAUUAUUGUAUAUAAGUCUGUUGAUGGCACUGCAACCCAAAAGAGUGAAAUUUUUGUACGGCCACAGUCAGUUCAACGUGAAAAUAUAACCUAUGCAUACAGGACUUGAGUAUGCCACACUGCAAGCUCAGACAUAUUAGUCAAUCAAUAAAUGGAAACCAAGUUCCAGGAGUUCAUCUUCCUGUUAGUGUCAGACUCUAAGAUAAUGGAGAGAAGGAGGAGGAGACAGCAACUCAUAGCUGAAAAAGGAGGACAGAAACCAGAUAGGAUAUCUUGCAACAUUUUCAUUUUCCCAGGUAACAUCAGACUGAUAUCUGCCAAAGGUCAUCUUUGGUUGAGAAACAACAGAAUUGGUGUAUUUGUCACACUGAACAACCACUAAUAUUGGCUUAAACAACCUGACUUUUCUUCUAAUGUCAUUUAUUUGAAAGUUUGUCAAAAAAGGCACAAAUGAGAUAAACCUGACUUUAAUAAACAGUUUCUCAGAGCUACCUUUAGCUAACGGGUAAUCUGCUGGUUGGCUAACUGCUAACUGGCUGCUGGCUGGCUGCUGGAGCAGAUAGCUGGGCUAGUUAGCCCCCUGAUAUCAGCUUGUGGUAUUCUGUGAAGAGCAGAACAGCAAAAAGAUUGAAUAUUCUGGACAAAAUGAAUGUGAAGCAUCAGCUAAUUUUAUGAGUGUUGUUUCAAAGUUUUACUUAACUGUGUUUAUUAAGUAAAAAAAAUAUAUAGACGAUAUUGUUAUAACUUUAAUAAUUAGUGUUAUUUUAGCAGCAGAAAGAAUAUUUGUUGGGUGUGUAUGUGGAUUGCAAGCAAUCAGUCAAUAUCUGCAAGCAGUCAUUAUUUAAUUGUAAAGUGAUUGUAUACAAUGUCCUUUCAUAACAAGAGCAACAAUUGACCACUUAAGUGUUAAUUAUGUGUUUCUGUGUUCCAAAGGUUACAUACAUAUUUUUAUAUGAAUCUGUAACAUUUCAGAAAGUGUCCUACAAUCAAUUGCUCAUUGUCUUUGUUUAUAGUAAAUUAUAUUUUUUAAUGAAAUUAUUUAGUUAUCAAGGCAGAGCCCAAAACAUUUCUGAGAUAUAGUGAGCAGACUAUCAUAUAGAAAGUUUUUAAUAAUCUAUUUCCUCAGUUUUUAAAUCUUAUUAGAAUGUUUGAUCUUUUAUUCUGCUUUGCACUGUUUAAUUUGUUUUUAAAUCAGUAAAACAUUCCUGUCAUUGAAUGGCAUUUUGGGGUUUCCAUGUACAUUUAUGAGACUCCCAGAUAAACAUGUCAUGGGUUGAUUCUAUUUUGUUUUUAUUUUUUUCAAUAAAAAAAGUUUGAA